UUUAAGCUUAAGUGCCGUGUUUCUGGCUUAAAUCCCUAAGGGUGCCAUGUCUGAGCAGGAGCGCAUUCUGGAAUGCCUGAGGAAAGAGAUAAGGUCGCUUCUCAUUUCCACCAAAGACGGUUUGACCCCACAGCAGCUGGAAAAGGAGUACCUGUUGAUGGUUGGCAACCACUUGCCCCUGCGAGUCCUUGGGUACCGGUCCACCAUGGAGCUGGUGUUGGACAUGCCUGAUGUUGUCAGUGUCUGCCCCUGCGGGGAUGGGACUGUCAUACUGAAAGCCAUUCCAGAUGAAUCCACCAGAGGAAUCGCAAGUUUAGUUGCAAAACAAAGGAGCAGUCAUAAGGUUCGAAACUCCAUGCAGAAGGGAAGGGCCAGUGUUUGCUCUGGGCCAAGCUUUCACCACCGAGUACCUUACCGAGGAAGGGUGCCCCCUAUCCUUCCAGCUGUUGUGAAGAGUGAGUUGAAGGACCUGCUGGCAUUAUCUCCUGUUCUCCUGUCUGAUUUCGAAAAGGCAUUUGCCAAGCGAUUUGGACGAUCAUUCCAGUACAUGCAGUAUGGGUUCCUGUCCAUGUUUGAAGUGCUGAACGCGGCUUCGGAUGUUAUUUCUGUAGAGCAGACCAGAGCAGGGUCUUUGUUGAUGUUAAAGAAGAGCGUAUCAGAAGAAAAGCAGGGAGGGUGGCCCGCAGGUAAGCACGUUAGCAUUGGUAACUAUUGUGGAUGA